AUGGAUAAUGAGCAGCUGGAAUUGGACCGUUCGGGUUCCCAGAACGAAUCUUCCUGAAGUGAGGUUGAGGAACUGAGUCAGAGGAAAUUUACACGGAGACAGAAAGAUAAGAGGAAGACCUUGGGGUCUUUGAGACAUUUAUUUAAAACAAAUUUAUCUGAAACUGCCAUGCAUCUGUACUCAAGAAGGUCAGAAUUCGAAGAAAUAUUUCAUAAGAUAGGAAUCCAAGAAUGUAUGUUCAAAAAGACUAAGGAGGAAAAGGAGAAGAGGUUUGUAACCUUUUCUGAUGUCAAGAAAAUUCUUCGCAAAAAUGCAGCUGAAAGGAAGUAUUCUCACAUCCAAGAUCUGUCAUAUUAUUUUAGAAAUAAUCCUUAUUUUAUUAAAUAUGAAGAAGAGAACGGUCUUGAAAAUCUGCAUUUACUUUAUAAAGCAAUGAAGUACCAAACGGUCGGAAAAAACAAAUUUGUUAUUAAGUAUGGAGAGGUUGGAACCAAGUUUUAUAUCAUUUUGAGAGGAUCUGUGAGUGUCCGCAUCCCAUCAAAAAUAACCAUGGAGCUCUCAUUUAGAGGCCUCCUUGAGAUGUUGGUGGAGAAUGAGGCUUGGAUCGUUGACAAUGAGAAAUUUGGAGCAGUUUUGACGAUAAUCCAGCGUCUGAUCCCUGAAAUUGUUCAGACGAGCUAUAAAACCAAACUUAAUUUUAAACUUACUAAAAAAAUACUUGCUGGAGAGAAGAGAGUAGACUCAAUGCGUAAGUAUGGAGCCAAGCUUCCUAGUUUUCAAGAUCUACAAUAUGAUGAUCCCUACUAUGUCGCUCCUCAAGAAGAUUCGAAAGAAAUUAGUUUCGAUCUCAUGCACAAAGUGGCUACUCUUCGAGUAGGAGUUGGUUUCGGAGAGCUUGCUCUAAUGAAUGAUUCUCCAAGAGCCGCUACUAUCAUGACAGAGGAGGAUUGCCAAUUUGCCAUUAUCAACAAAAUCGAUUUCAAGACGGUAAUGGAUAAGAUUUACAAGUAAAAGAUAUGCAGACACUGUAAGCUUCCUCUCACAGUUCAAUUUUCUGAACUAUUUAACGAGAAAAACAAAGGAGAAACUAUGCCAUCAUUUUAUCGUUGAGAAAUGAGGUGUUGGCCAGAAGAUCAUUUGCGAAGGAUCUCCUCUAGGAUACAUUUAUCUGAUUAAAAAUGGCGAGUUUGAGGUCACCAAAUCGGUCUUUGUCAACCCCAAUCUAGGCAAGUUAAAGUAAAUUUAAAAUUUUAGGAUUUGAUCAUUCUGAAAAACUCAAAUAUUUGAAGAUAUACUCAAGGAAACAGCAAAAAUAUCUUGAAAAGCUACAAAACGCGAGUUUCAAACAUCUGAUAUCAAGUGAGAACAUACCUCUUCAGAAAAUAAAGGAAGGAUUUGACUACAAGAAGCAAAUGAUUAAGAUAUCAAAGAUAGGGAAUUACGAGUGUUUUGGACUGAUAGAAGCUGUUUUUUCAUGCCCAUACUCCAUAACCAACAUCAAGUGCCUCUCAAAGGACUCGAUAUUAUACAAGAUAAAACGAGAAGAGUUCUUCUUGAAGGUGCACUACAACUCUGAAAUCCUUAUUGACACUGUUAAACAGAGAAUGAGUUUAUUAUCGAGAAGGUUGCUCAAAGUAUAUGAGACUCUUAAUCAAUUUGAAAGUGAGAUACAUGACACAAUUUCUUCAGAGUACGAUCCUCCCAAAGCUUCUACACGGAAGAGGAACACUGUUACAUUUCAAUACACUCAUAGCCAGAUGGCAGCACCAGAGCCAGAACCGGCAAAAGCCAUUGGAAAGAGUUCUUUUAGCUAUUUGAUGCUGACUCAGAAGGACAAGUCAGAAGAAAAUGAAACUGCUAAGGAAGUAAGUACCUGCUUUACUAAAACUUGAAGUGAGAAAGUUUAUUAUCUUUGAUGCUUUUCUGGUAAUGCAAAAGAAGGAAAAUAGAGAGAAGAUAGAUCUAAAUACAGUUGCAAGCAAGGUCUCGAAUAGUGAUGAAGAAGAUCAUUCAGGAAUAGAAGAAAAGAAGGGUCAAUUUUUGGAAGUAAAGGAACCCCAUAAUAAGAAUCGCAGAAAAUCAGUGAUGAUUGACCAAAUCAAGGCUCAAGAAUCUUUCAAAGGUUUUGGGAAGCAAGAUAUUAUUAUAUGUAAUGAUGAUAUCCAUGAUUAUCAGAAUUCAAAUUCAAGAAUAGAAAAAUAAUACCAAAAAUCAACAUCAAUCUUCAACAUCAAUACAUCGAGGCUUGCUUAACAACUCAACAUCAUUCAACACCAUCAUUCACAAUUCUUCCAAACAAGACAAAAAGGUCAUAAUUAAACUCACACAACCCCAAAAUUCAAAAUCCAAAAACCCAAGCACAUAUCUCCCUAAGUUCUCGUCACAGAACAUGCCUAAACCCUCCUUAAAUCCAUCUCAAAAUCCAAAACCACCUAUUCACUCCCCCAAGCUAACCUCCCAGCCAAUCAAUGCUCCCUUCACUCCUAUUCCAAAACAAAAUUCAAAACCCAGUUCACCCUUUAGUCCAAUCCCUUUUUCUACAUUAUUUAGAGGCAAAACUAGAUUUAACGAUCUGAUGGCAUAUUUACCAAAGAUAUCUUCUACAAUUAUGAUAAGCAAGCGGAAAGAACUUAGAGUGGGAUCUCCAAUAGAACAAAAGACUCAGUUGAAGGAGAAGCUCUGCAUGAGCCCGAAGCGAGUGAGAAGCACACAGAGACUACCUGUUUCUAGUUGAAAGCCAACCCCCACAUUCCCCCCUCGGGCCCACCCCAAACCCUCCCAUUACAGAACAACUAAAAAACUAUCCACGCCUUAUUCCCACCUCCGGCCUGCCCUAUCCCCCCUAAGAAUACACCAGUGCCGAAGGAAGGACCAGAAAUGUACGAACAAACAUGCAGAUAAAGCUAAAUCACCGGUGGUUAUGAGUAACCCCAGAAUAUCACCGAUUCAUGUACAAAUUGGGCUGCAGAAUGUCAGGAGUCAGGAAAGGUUAUUCACAAAGAGGAUUCAGUCUCAGAUAUAUCUGAUGAGAAUUCAGACCCUUCAUUCGAAUCAGUAAUUCAAUCUAGGCCAUUUAGUAA